CCGGGGGCGCCCUGCCCGGUCCGGCCCGGGGGCGGGGGCGCGGCUGCCGAGGAUGGGGAAAUCCAACAGCAAGUUGAAGCCCGAAGUUGUGGAGGAGCUGACCAGGAAAACGUACUUUACCGAGAAGGAGGUGCAGCAGUGGUACAAGGGCUUUAUCAAGGACUGCCCCAGUGGCCAGCUGGACGCUGCUGGCUUCCAGAAGAUCUACAAGCAGUUCUUCCCGUUCGGAGACCCCACCAAGUUUGCUACGUUCGUCUUCAAUGUCUUCGAUGAGAACAAGGAUGGGCGCAUCGAGUUCUCCGAGUUCAUCCAGGCACUCUCGGUGACCUCCCGGGGAACCCUGGAUGAGAAGCUACGGUGGGCCUUCAAGCUCUAUGACUUGGACAACGACGGCUACAUCACUAGGAACGAGAUGCUGGAUAUCGUGGAUGCUAUCUACCAGAUGGUGGGCAACACCGUGGAGCUGCCCGAGGAGGAGAACACACCUGCGAAGAGGGUGGACCGGAUCUUUGCCAUGAUGGACAAGAAUGCGGACGGGAAGCUGACACUGCAGGAGUUCCAGGAAGGGUCCAAGGCAGAUCCCUCCAUUGUGCAGGCGCUGUCCCUCUACGAUGGGCUGGUAUAGUCCUGGGUCCAGAGCUGGGACGCCCGGGAACACUCGCCUCUCCCGUGCCCACCCGGCCUCCUUCCGCAGCCACACACAGUCGGCCGCCCUUGACCCAGGAGGCCUGGCUCUCCCGCCCCCUGCCCCGCGCCCACCGCCACCUGAAGCCACCAGCUCCAAUUGCCAGCCGCCUCCGCUUGUCUGAAACACGACAGCCGAACCAGAAAAGGCUCCAGCCCUCCACAGAUCCCAGGACUCGCUGCUUGGCGCGGCGGCCUCCUCCUUCCUCCUGGCCUGCGUGCGCUUUGGUUUUUUAUUUCAAAUGGAUGUUUUAAACAGAAAAACAAAACAAAACAAAACAAAACAAAACUACCUUCCGUCUCAGAAGACACUGACCGAUUUGGAGAAGGCCUCGGGACUCAGAGAACCUGCUGGGCCUGGCCGCCCUGCAAAGGUGGCCAGGCUGGGCCACCCGGGAGGCAGCUCGGCUCCUCUUCUGGAUGUAAGGCCGCCGAGAGGCUGGGAUGGUGGCUGGUGACGCCUGUUAUUUUUUUGUGAUAACAGUAUUGUGCUUUUGUGGGGAAAGUGAGGUUUUUUUUAAUCCUCGUAUAUAACUGACAUCCUUUAUUUAUUGGUAGUUAACAUUGCUGCUGCCCCUGCGCCCCGACGGUCGUGUGUCCACACCACACUCGCUUGGUGAGGUUCAGGCCUGCAGCGGCCAAGAAGCCAAAAACCACUUUUUUUCCUCUUCAGAUACUGUGCUUGCUGUCUGCAAAGGGGCAGGGGGGGCUCCCCAAGGCUCGCACACCGUCCCCCCGCCAGCUCCUCUGGGCCCUCGUGCCGGCUGCUCCCUGCCUCCUUUCUUCUGCCCCCCUCUGGUCUGGGACAGUUUUUUCUUUUUUAGCUUAAGGACAAGCAGGCAACACACCUGUCCCUUUCUCCUGCUUGGUGUUGGCAGCUGUGUGGGAAAGGAAUCGUCCGUCCCCGUGGGCAGCCCCACACAGGUCAAGGGCGCUGCUGCUUUCUCGCGGAGACUGGUGGGAGGGUGAAUGUUGUCCCCGAGUCCCUCCUGUGCUUCUUGCCCCUUCCAGCUGCCUCCUGCAGGGACUGCAUGGCGUCCUGCCUGGUGGCUCUGCCCAGGCGCUGGAGGGAAGCCUGGAGGAGAGGCGCUUCCUGCCCCUCACAGCAAACUUCUCUGGGAUGGCCUUGAAGUGUCCCCAAGAGUGCCAGAUGAACCUGCAGCAGUCUGCGGCCGAACCUGCCCCUUGCUUGGUGGCUGCAGGACUGCCUGUGGCCUCUCAGGCCCUAGCCGGGUCACUGAGCAGGGCUGGGAGGGUGGCCUGGGACCCCUGAGUGUGCAGCUGCCUUUCUAGCUUGACACUGUGCAUUCGGAGCUUGGAAUCCUGUCACCUGUGUUUGCAGCGCUGGGGCCUGUGGUUGGGGUGGCCCGGCACCUGCACAGGUGGGCGCUGUCACAGUCACAGUGUCAUCCAGCUGGCUCUUGGCCCACACCUUCAGGUGUAUGUGGCUGUGGGUUGCUGGUAUGUGGGGUCUGGCCCAGGGCCCAGUGUGGCCCAUGACACCUUGCACCUCCCUGCAGUGCUCCCAGCCCCAACUUGUCCUCACCGAUGGUCCCUGGCCGGAAGUGUGCUUGCAAGCAGGGAAGCGCAGGCUGCAGUGAGUCCUGGCUUCCUCUUAGUGAAGAGCAUGGCCCCUGGGCCACCCUCAAGAGGGCCAGAGCUGGCCUUCGGUCUUGCUCCAGAGGUCCUCAGUCCCAUCUCUGCCCCAGGGGCCAGAGCCCCCCUGCCAGCACCCAGAAGACAUUUCCUGCCAUAGGGCAGCGUGGCAGAGCCUUCAGCUGCUUUCUGUCUCCACUAUCAGCCCGGAUCCCGAAGGAGACCCCCCAGGGUGAUUUGGGGAGGGGGUCUUCUGGGGCUCCCCUAGGAUGGCUUCCUACCCAGCCACCAGCCAGGAGGUCUGAACCUGACCAUGGUCACUGUAGCAUUUGCGUCCCACUCCUGCCAGGCCCAUAGGACCCAUGGCAGGGGUGGCUGCGUGGCCCGGGGCUGCAGGGUGACUGUGGGCCCAUCCUGGCCAUCUCACCUCGGCUUUGCAGAAGCCAUGCUGGCCUCUGGCCAAGCAGGGGCCAAGAGGCUGCUGUCUAACCAGGAGGCAUGUCCAGGUUUAGCACGUGCUCUCUCUCACUGGCACCUCAUUCCUAGUCACUCCCACAUCAGCCAGGCCUUCUCCCAGCACCCCAGCCUGUCUGGUGGAGCCACAGGUGUGGUUUUGGUCUUGGCAGGUCCUGUCCUUGAGGACGGUGGCCUAGCAGGCCCAUGCCUCAGACACACCUUUGGCUUAUGCCCUGAGAAGCCCAGAGUUGCCUGCAGGGACACCCCCUUCCUGGUGGGUAUCUGGACACUGGCCAUUUCCGCUCCAGGCCACUUCUGUUUCUGUCCCUUCCUGUUGCCAGCCCUGUAAAUGUGGCAGCCUCUGGGUUCCAGGGUGACCCCGGUGUGCUUUCCACUUGCGGUCCCACCCUGGUUGAUGCCCCUCUGUUCCCCUGCAGAGCCACGAGCCCCCGGGCCCCAGGAGCAGGGCCCUGCCUCUUCUCCAGCAUCUACUUCCCACUUUGUGUUGAUGGUGACUUAGGAAAUGUCACGAUUUUCCAGUAUUUAACCAGGCAACUUUUAAAGUAACAUCCAGGCGAAUGUGUGUCAUCUCUGUAUUGAUGUCUCUUCUAAAGGCUUUACAGUUUGACAGCUAAUGUCCUAGACAGGAGUCUCUGGGCUCUUGGGGACAUGCUUUCUUCUUGGGGGGAGGAGGGAAGGACGCUCAGGGACCCCUGGAGUCUCUCCAGAUGUUCUGAAGGGAAGGCUGCCGCAUCUUCCCAGGGCAAGGUCCCCUUUGACAGGCUCCAAGGACGCGCAGGGGCUCCCCCUGCUGGUGAUGGGCGGCAACAGCGUCUGGGCCCCCAACCCCACCCAGCAGGGUGGAGGUCAGCUGCAGGGGCUGGGCUCCGUCGGCCGCUUGAUUGGCAAAGUGUCGCCCAGGUGCCCUCUGAGGCCGGCUCAGGGGCUAGCGAGUCACUUAGCCCAGGGGCACUGAUGGGAAGCAAGCCUUGACCGUCCUCCCUCCUUUAUUAUUUUUUUAAAAUACCUGCGGAAUAAACCCAAUGGUUACUUUUUGAAUGAAUAAAAGGCUUUUGUUGAAUAAACAGCUGGUCCCAUCUCUGUCUUAUCCCCGGCCUUCAGACUCGGCUUCGUCUCCCGAGGCCGAGGGCGGGUGGGACACGCCCUGCCCGCAUCGCCUGGCUGCAAGCUUCCUCUAGGACUCGGGGAAAGGCCCUUCUGGGGCCUCAGUUUCCCCAUCCCGCACGUAGGAACACGGCCGCCUCCCAGGGCCGUUAAGGACUAGGGUGACCAGAGGACCGGGGUGCGUCCCGCUGUGCUUGCUCGUGUCCUCUCCUGCUUGCCUUCCCAGCUUCCCGGACUCUGUUCGGGC